UAUUGCCUGAACAUGAAGAUGAUUCGAAAAUCGUUUUUUAUUGUUUGCUUAUUUUUAAAUUUGUUUUUAUUUUCAUGUGAAUACGAUCAAGAAAAGUUUGACGUCGGUUCCAGGACUCGGCGAUCACCUGACUCUCUCAGAAUCGAAGAAGCUCUAACUAACCAGAUUAACAGAUUUCAAGAAAAUGUUAACCGUAGACUACAAUUUCUAGCAACAGAGAAUAUGUAUCAGUUGGAACAGCUAAACCUCCAUCUAGAAACAUUCGAUACGGGGAGAAUCGUAAAUAUACAGCGCUUAAUUUAUGGUCAAGAAAGAAUCGGGCGCGCAAUAGAUUCCAAGUUGGAACAGUUAACACAUCGUUUACGAACUUUCAAAUCUAAAAAUGCCAAACGAAUAGAACGGUUAACGUCUCACAAAGACGCUCCCGAAUUGACGAUUGCCUUGUUCAUAGAAACAAGAUCGACACUAGGAGUCUUGGAAUCCGCAUACCAUCAACAGUUCGAACAAAUAACAGAUAGUCUGAAAUCCCUUGACUCAAAAAAUGAAUCAUCACUGUGUCUUAGGCAAUCAACAAAAGCGAAUUUUCCAAGGAACUGUAGGGAAAUCAAAGAAUUGGGUUACGGUUUUUCUACCAUUUACACGAUCAAACCAGACUCUGCGCCUAAAGCCACAAGAGUUCGGUGUGACUUAAAAAAACGUGAGGGUGGAUGGACAUACAUUCUAAAUAGGUUUGAUGGAUCACAAAAUUUUGACUUUGAUAUGGAUGUAUAUAAAAACGGAUUUGGUAAACUUUCGGGUGAGUUUUGGCUGGGUUUGGAUAACAUUCAUUAUUUAACUGGAUAUAAAGUUAACGAAUUGCUAGUAGAACUGGUAGAUUGGGACGAAAAUUAUAGGUUCGCCCAUUAUGAUCGUUUCAGGGUGGGCAGUAAAGACGAAGGUUAUAUAGUGACUGUGUCAGGGUAUAACGGUACUGCUGGAGAUUCUUUGUCUUUCAUCGACAAAGUGAAAUUUGCUGCACGAUAUUUUGAUUUGUAUAAAAACGCUGUAAUGAGCGGUAGUCAAUAUUACCUUACAACUUCGUGGUAUAAGACUUCUCUUCUCACGGGAAAAUACUUGAAAGGCCAUGUCCACGAAAAUGAGACAAGGGAUAUUAUGCACUGGUCUACAUUCCGAGGGAACCAAUACAGUCUCAAGGAAGCUAGAAUGAUGGUUAGACCUAGAAUCGAACCAAAUGACUAGCUGUGCUGGAAGCAACACAGUUUUGUGAGAACUGGGGUGUGACAUGAAAUUAAAAUUUUUACUUGUGUUGUCUAGAGUGAUAAGCCUCAAUAAAAACGAUCUUAAUCCUA